UUUUUUCUUCUCCGAAGAAACCGACCUUCAGCCUUCUCCUUUCCCUCCGUUCAAUCCCCCUCUGAUUCGAAACCCUACCUUUCCGUCUUAACCUCAAAUCUGAACUCCCGGCAACCUAAUUCGUUUAAGGUUAUCGGUUUUGCUCGGAGCUGACAACAAUUGAUUGUGGGCACACCCUUUUUGGGCCGUGUGCAUCUGUCUUCUUGAUUUUCGUCUGUCUUUUAGCCGGCGCUUUCAUGGCGAAUGGUACGGACUCGGAGGAGUUCGUGGUUCUUUCAAACGUCCGUCCGGGGCUGAAGCGCGAGUUGGCCUUCGCUCUGAAGGCGCAGUCUGAGAUCUGCGGGGAUUCACUGGGUCGGACCCGGUCGAGGAGGGCGCAGGGCGAUGGUCUCACUAGUCCGGUCUCCUCGGGUCUCUGCAACAAGCGUUUGAAGAAAUCUUCUGAUGGUCCGGGGGAGGACAAUGGUGAUUCGGAGAAAUUAGGUUUGGGGGCCGGGAAAGUCCUUGAGGGUGAGAAUGUGGCAACUGGCGAUUUGGAGGAUGUGGAGGGAGAGAAAUCAGUGGGAGGCGCCGUGGAUUUGAUGAGCGAAGAGGAAGCUAAGAGCGAUGUGGUUGAUCUCGAGGACGAGCCCGACAGAGCUCAUGAAGAUUUGUCUAGUGAAAAGGCUGCGAUGGAUGCCGAUGUGGGCGGGUUUGAAACGGGCCAUUCAGGUGAAGAAAGGCCUUGUGAGGCAGUGACGAUUGUUUUCAGUGGGAAUGAUGGAGUUGUAGAGAAGGAGAGCCAUUUGAGGAAGAACCCAGUCAUUGCCGAUGAAGAUAACAAAGAGUCUGUCCUGUCGGAGAAGCCUUCUAGACGGUUCACUCGGUCUGUGUUGAAAGCAAAGGUGGAGGAGGUGGAAAAAUCUGCUUCAAAAAGAAAAGGAAGAUCGGCAUCUUCGAAGACAGCUGGGAAUGGCGAUGACAAUAAACUCGGUAAUGUGGUCAGUCCAUCAGGGGCAAUCGCGACAAAGCUAGAGAUGAAAAUGUCGAAGAAGAUUGGAUUGAGGCAUCCCUUUGUCGCAUUGAAAGACUUUCUGGAAACUGGUUUACUUGAGGGAUUCCAUGUGAAGUACACCCGGAGUUCAAGGGGCUUGCUGCAAGGACGAACAGGUCUUCAAGGAGUCAUAAAAGGGUCUGGGAUUUUGUGCUCUUGUGACAAGUGCAAAGGGGUUCAAGUUGUCUCACCGACUAUAUUUGAGCUGCAUGCUGGUAGUUCAAAUAAACGACCACCUGAGUACAUUUUCCUGGAAAAUGGAAGAACCCUCCGUGAUGUGAUGAAUGCAGUCAAGGAUUCUCCACUGGAAACGGUGGAGGAGGCUGUACAAGCUGUCCUUGGUACCUCAUCCAUUAACAAGUGCACCAUUUGUAUAAAUUGCAAAGGACCUAUAACAGAAGUUGAGGGGGGGAAAACGACUCUACUAUGUAAGAUUUGUUUGGAAUUGAGGGAAUCUUAUGCUUCCGCUUGGGAAGUCGCAGAUACUACUGACCUAUCAAAAGAGUUUGCAUGUACUAUUGACCAUACAAAACGAUCAGAUGCUACUGACCAAUCAACAAGAGCAUUGGAUACUGCUGAUCAAUCAACAAGAGCAUUGGAUACUGCUGACCAAUCAACAGAAGUACCAGAUAACACUGACCAAUCAACAAAAGUACAGGACAUAGAGUGGUCACCAGAGGCAUACCUUGUGAGAAAAUCUUCGGCAAGCACAUCAAAGUAUAGCUCGUCCCGGAUCAAGAGUCAUGGGAGGUUAACUAGAAAGGACUUGCGAUUGCAUAAACUAGUGUUUGAAGAAGAUGUAUUGCCUGAUGGAACAGAAGUUUCAUACUAUGCUCAGGGAAAGAAAAUGCUGGUUGGUUAUAAGAGAGGAUAUGGAAUCUACUGUACAUGCUGUAAAUCUGAGGUCAGCGCCUCACAGUUCGAAGCUCAUGCUGGUUUUGCUUCACGCCGGAAGCCUUAUUUGAACAUCUACACAUCUAAUGGGGUGUCCCUCCAUGAACUGUCAGUCACUUUGGCAAAAACGCGGAGGUUGUCUAUCACCGAUAAUGAUGACUUGUGUUCCAUAUGUUCGGAUGGAGGAGAGCUUCUAUGUUGUGAUACUUGUCCAAGGGCUUUUCACCUAGGGUGCAUUCAUCUGUCAAGACUCCCUACUGGUGGCUGGAACUGCAAACACUGCGAGAAUAUGUUCCAAAAGGAGAAAUUUGUCGAGAGUAAUGCCAAUGCUUUGGCAGCUGGAAGGAUUGCAGGAGCUGAUGCAAUUCAACAGAUUACCAAUCGAUGCAUUCGCAUUGUCAAAACUCCAGAGACCGACUCUGGUGGAUGUGCCUUAUGCAGGGGCCAUGGUUUUGCCAGGUCUGGAUUUGGCCCUCGCACUGUAAUAAUUUGUGAUCAGUGCGAGAAGGAGUUUCAUGUGGGCUGUCUGAGGGAUCACAAAAUAGCAAACUUAAAGGAGUUGCCAGAAGGGAAGUGGUUCUGUUGCUCAGAUUGCGAGCGAAUCCAUUCUGCAUUGGAGAGUUAUGUAGUUCGGGGAGACGAAAAGCUUCCGGACUCUCUUCUGGAUGUUAUAAGGAUGAAGCUCGAGGAGAAGGGCUCGAUGAGUUUAUCCAAUCUUGAUAUAAGAUGGAGGGUCCUCAAUGCAGAGAUGGAUUCUUCUGCUGAAUCUAAACGGCUAUUAGCUAAGAGUGUCUCUAUCUUCCAUGAACGGUUUGAUCCUAUCACUGAAUCAACUAAUGGACAGGAUCUCAUUACAGCAAUGGUCAAUGGGAAGAAAUAUAAGGGCCAGGAACUAAGUGGCAUGUUCUGCAUAAUAUUACUUCUUAACCGAGAGGUCGUGUCAGCAGGGCUUCUUCGGGUUUUUGGGGGGGAGGUGGCAGAGCUUCCUCUAGUAGCAACCAGUUCUGAUUGCCAAGGACUGGGUUACUUCCAGUCUCUGUUUGCUUGCAUGGAGAGGCUUCUAGCUUCUUUCCAUGUGAAGAAACUGGUGCUGCCUGCUGCCGAGGAAGCCGAAUCUAUAUGGACCAAGAAGUUUGGGUUUGACAAGGUUACCCCUGAGGAGCUGAUGGAGUUACGAAAGAAGCACCAUAAUAUGAUGAUCUUCCAGGGGACUUCGGUGUUGCAGAAAUCUAUUCCUGGACCCACGGUGGACAGCGGAUCACAGAGAAAGGCUGAGUGAUUGUUCCAGGCUAACUUUCUGUCGGGGAAGGGACCAGUGACUUUUGUUCCAUUUUGUCUGCUUAGCGGGUCAUGAGAUGUACAGGGUAGACUAGACGCCUCAUUUUGUACAGGAUUUGGGACAUGGCUUCUCGAUCAUUGCUUGGUUUUGGGAAUUUUUGGGUGGUGAAGAGAAGGGAUAGGAAAAGAGACUCCGAAUAGUGAAAAGAAACAUAGCGGAGCAGGGAAAUUCAGGAGAAAACUGUUUAUAAUAGUUGCGUAGACGAGGGAUUAUUAGCAGUCGAUACUGUGGAGCUUACAUUUUGGCCAAUGUCAUGACCAUAUGUAUUUGUUUUCUUCAUUCAAUUCGGUUUUUAUGCUUUGCAAAUGCAUGCUGCUAGCCCUUCGAGAA